AUGUUUGCUCCCGGCCAAUGGGAGGCGGCCAAGCCGCGUGGGGCAGGAGAGGAAGGCCCGGCGACGCAUGGCACAUGCAAAGUGUUGACCGGGGAUUGCUGUUCCAGGGCGUCACUCCGGGCAGGAUCAAGUGGGUCGCGGCCCUUGGAGCGUGCUGUGGAUCGCGAUUUCCUCCGGGUUUUUGAGACGGCGAGAGAGCCCCUGCCGCUGCUGCUGAUUCACGAUCCAAAUCGCCGGAUUCUGAUCAGACUCACCGAGCAGCUUUACAAGGAGCUCAACGGCAAAUCCAGCGACCGAGAGAGGAUCAAGCGAGUGCGGAAGAUGAUGAGGCUCCAGAAAAUGCUGGAUAGGAUCCCGAGUGAGAGGAAACCGUGGAAGUCAGUCCGGUGAGGUGGUCUUCGUGGAGGCAAAAAAACUAUAUGAUCGUGUGGGGAGAGAUUUUGUUGCCGAAUUCAAGAGGAGACAGGUAAGUUUGAUAUACCUUCCAGA